AUGUGUGAUUAUCUGUUUUUCUCUGCCACAGGGAGGAUCAACCACUCCACCUUCGUUUGUCCAGAUGCCAGGGUCUCACAUGCUGCCCAGCUACUACGGCAUGAGGCGUCCCUUCAUCUCAGACUCAGACUUCUGCUCGUCCACCAAGCAGUUCUCCCCCGACGUCUAUUCGUCCACACUUGGUGGUAAACCUCUGGGCUGCGAGCCCUCGAGCAUGACCAGCUACUCCUCCCUCAUUGACAGCUACUACCCAGAGACCUUUGGUGAUUACCGCAGUGCUGCUGCCUUCUCCAGCUCUGGAGGAUCCUUCCUACCUUCGUCAGCCCUCUCAUCCCUGCUGCCUCCCUUUGGUGGAGAAUCCUCACAUUUAUUUCUGAGAGACUCAUGGGAGCAGGCAGUUCCAGAGUCAGUAUCCCAGGUGGAGUCUCUGUGUCCGGACAGUCUAGCCUCUGUCAGUGUCCCACCCUCCAUGCCAAGCCCAGAACCUCCAGGGAGCCCCUCCCAGUACCGCUCGCCCAGUCGCGGUUCCUCCAUGGGCCCCGUCUCCAGCAGCCAGCCCUACACCUUGCACUCCCUGGAAGAAGUCCACUACCACCCCUUAACCACCAGCAGCUCCUACCCAGUCCCCUCCACUUCCUUCCCCUGCCCCCCUUAUAUGAGUAGCACCGUCAGCGACCUGGUGUCCAAGAUGGUAACAGAGGAGGCAACCGAUAGCCAUGCGAGCCUGCCCCCCAACAGUGAGACUCACUCCUGCUGGGCCAAAGAGGACGGAGUGAGCUCGUGGUCGCCCUACGAGAUCAGGAGGGCCUACUGA